CCUUCGCUGGCUCGAACAAGGAAGUCGAUAAAAAUGCAUCCCACGUACCGGCUGAGCGCGCUCUGCGUAGCGGUGAUCCUGUGCAGCUUUUGGGCGCAGCCUAUGUUAGGCGCGCUACAGACCAACACCAACCCGGCGGUAAAGGAGUUUGGUGUGGCGGAUGCUGCCCUGGUACUGUGCUUCGACAAGACGGUCUAUGCGUUCAGCCGUAGCCCUACCUCGUUGGCUCACAUUUCGGACAAAAACAUCAACUACGUGAAGGUGGAAACACUUAAGCCGGGUUAUUAUGGAGGCGUGAUGGCUGAAAUAACGGGAGGUGCCAUCAAGAAGCCGAACAUCGUCAUCACGCUAACCGAGGGCGGACGAAAGUCGGUAUUUAAGAGUAAUGUCAGAGUGCAGAUGUUCUGUGAAUCUUAAAUGGUUGUAAUUUUUUAAUAAAGUCUUUAUUUAUUGUGGAGUAU